UUUGUAGUUGACAGCCGACACGACAUAUUGAAUUAUUUUUUCACAAAAAGUGACCCUAGGCUGAAAGGUAUUCGAUUUUAUAAUUUCAACUCCAAAUAAAUUUUGGGAAAUCGUUAUAUCAUGCAGGGAAUAGGCUUAAACAGCUUGAAAAAAAAUCCAGCGCUCAUCCCGCUGUACGUAUGUGUUGGGGCAGGAGCGAUUGGAGCAGUGUAUUAUACUUUGAGAUUGGCUACACGUAAUCCAGAUGUAACAUGGAGUCGCAAGAACAACCCAGAACCAUGGCAACAUUACCGUGAUAAGCAAUAUAAGUUCUAUUCUCCAAUCAGAGACUAUUCAAAAACUGAAAGUCCCGCACCAAAAUAUGAAGAAUAAAAAGUGAUUGAGAAAUUUUAUUCCUAUUAUAUUCUACAUACAGUAGUAAAUUAUUAGUCCAAGCUUAAAAGUGUUAAAUUCUGAAAUUAAACAAAAAAAAAAUGUAUUAAGACCAUCAUUUUUUUUUAAUUGUAAUUAAACGUCAUUAAUUAAUUAUAUAAAAUAAUUUUAAAAAUUAAAAAAUUGUAUUAGAAACUAUAGGUAUAUAAAAACUAUUAAUUACAGACAGAAAAUAAGGA